AUGGCCUUCACCUCUUGCCGGGCUGUCAUCGUGGACGCGAGCAUCGACCCGAAGCUUGGUCCGGUUCCCAACCUCGGAGAGGACGAUGUUCUCAUCAAGGUUGCGUACGCGGGGGUCAACCGACCAGACGUGAUGCAGCGCAAGGGUCAGUAUCCUCCCCCCCCAGGCGACUCUCCCCUCCUCGGGCUGGAAGUGUCAGGUCGCAUCGUGUCGGUAGGGAGCAGCGUGAAGCAUCUCAAGGAGGGCGAUGAGGUCUGUGCGCUGACUCCAGGAGGAGGCUACUCGGAGCUCUGCCUCGCUCCUCAGGGCAACUGUCUGCCGCUGCCUCGCGGCCUGGGGCUGCGGGAGGCUGCGGCGCUACCGGAGAACUACUUCACCGUGUGGUUCAACGUAUUUGUCCUUGCGCGACUCCUUCCCGGUGAAAACAUCCUCAUCCAUGGAGGGACCAGCGGCAUAGGAACGGCGGCGAUUCAACUUGCCAGGGCCAUGGGAGCCCGCAAGAUCUUCACUACAGUCGGAUCGGCAAAGAAGGCUGAAGAGGCGAAGGCGUUGGGCGCUGAUCAUGUUGUGCUCUACGGGGAGGAAGAUUUUGAGGCUAAGAUCAAGGAGAUCAACGGCAAAGACGACGGCUUGGACGUCAUUCUUGACAUGGUGGGAGGCGACUAUGUGAACAAAAACAUCCGCCUGCUGCGAACCGGCGGGAGACAUGUUUCUAUCGCGUUUCAGAAAGGUAGCAAGAUGGAGCUUGACCUCAUGCCUGUGAUGAUGAAGAAGCUUGAGCUCAAAGGGUCAACCAUGAGACGAAGAACACGGGAAGAGAAAGCUGAGAUCGCAAGGAGCUUGAAAGACAACGUUUGGCCGCUCCUUGAAAGUGGUCGCGUCAAGCCCGUCAUCUGCGCUGAAAUUCCCAUGGCCGAAGCAGCUCGAGCGCACGCGCUGCUCGAGUCUGGUCAAGUCAUCGGCAAAGUCUUGCUCAAGGUGUCGGACGAUUAG